UUGAAUUAAACAUAGAUAACCUAACCCAUAUGUAAGAAGAUAGGUUAAACGAAUAACUAAGACAGAAAUGUUUUCAAAAAAUAUUUAUAAAGUGGCUUUAUAUAAAUGAACGCAUACAUGUUACAUUUUUAUGUAAUAAUUGUGUACUAACAGAAUAAUGAUCAAAAUAAACAGAGCCUGAAAUAGUAACUAUAUAACGAAUGAAUACAGUAAUAAUAACAGUAAUGUGUGUGCAGUAAAGGUUUCCAUGGCUUUGAUAAGAAGGGUUUAUUUGGUGAUAAAUAUGCCGAAAUAAAACAUUGUAAUAAAAGAAAAUAUUCGUAUAAAUAUCAUGUUUCAUAAAUUGUUAAAACCUCAAAGAGAUAUCAUACACUUAUAUAGAAAGUAUAGUAUAUUGGUAGGAGUAACAUAUAAAAGCAAUCUACGAAAAUUCAUUAAACAGAAUAUCCAGUGCUAUUAUAGCACUGAUAAUUCUCUAAAACAGGAGAUUUGUAAUAUAGGCACAAUAGGACAUGUAGAUCAUGGUAAAACAACACUAACAGCUGCCAUAACAAAAUAUUUAUCGGAAAUAAACAAAGAUUGUAAAUAUGUACCAUACGAUGAGAUUGACAAAGCACCCGAAGAAAAGAAACGUGGCAUUACUAUAAAUAUUGCUCAUAUUGGAUAUAAGACUAAGAAGAGACAGUAUGCUCAUACAGAUUGUCCAGGUCAUGCUGAUUAUAUUAAAAAUAUGCUCAGCGGAGCAUCCCAGAUGGAUGGUGCAAUUAUGGUAGUUGCUGCUGACGAUGGUCCUAUGCCACAAACCAAGGAACAUCUAUUAUUAAUCAAAAGCAUUGGAAUUAAACAUAUUAUUGUAUAUAUAAAUAAGAUUGAUUUAGCAGACGAUGAAAUCGGUGAUCUUGUGGAGAUAGAAGUUAGAGAAUUACUAAGUGAAUAUGGAUACAAUGGUACAAUGACACCAUUUAUUCGUGGUUCAGCUUUGCUUGCUUUGAAUGGAGAUAAAUCGAAAAUCGGAGUUCCUUCUAUACAAUUGUUAUUGGAUACUUUAGAUGAUCAUAUCCCAACUGUAAAAAGAGAUUACACAUCUCCUUUUAUGUUGCCUAUCGAUAAUAUUUUCACUGUACCAGGCAGAGGUACAGUUGUAAUAGGAACAUUGACAAAGGGUACUAUAAAAAAAGGUAUGGCAGCAGAUUUAUUGGGUUUUGAUGAGAAGCAGAAGACUUCUAUUUCGGAUAUUCAGAUUUUUCAGAAAAGCGUGCCAGAAGCACGUGCUGGUGAGAACGUUGGUACCUUAAUAAGAGGUAUUAAAUUAAAUUCUGUACGCAGAGGAAUGAUAUUAUGUGCAAGUAAUAGUUUAAAUAUAUCUAAUCAUUUUGAAGCAAACUUUUACUUAUUGUCUCCGCAAGAAGGUGGACGUCAGCACUCAUUACCGCGUAAUGGAUUUUGUACAACGAUUUUCUGCUCAACAUGGAACACAUACUGUCGUUUUGACUUUUUAUUACCAGGAGGAGUUGAUAUAUUAAUGCCAGGAGAAAUCACAACUGCUAGAUUGACAUCAAUGUUUUGUAUGCCAGUAACAGAAGGUCAAUUCUUUACCGUUCGUGAAAAUAAACGAACAAUUGGCGCAGGACAAGUCAUGAAAGUGUUCAAGCAGAUACAAGUAGAUAAACGCAAGAUGCAUAAAGUCAAAGUCAAUUUCGAUGAGGAGUUGAAAUCUAUAUAGUAACAUUAUUCUCUAGGAACCAACAAAAACGUUCAAUUUGAUAAAUUGGAAGAUCUUAAAAGUUGUAUUUGUAACUGUAUGAAAGAAUUGCAUAUGUGGGUAGAAAUAUAUUUUAGUGUACAAAGGAGCAUAGUAUCUUUAUGUUAAGGAAAAUAAACAACACAGAUUUGAAAAAA